AUGCAGCCCAGAAGUGAUAUUCAGAGAAACAUAGAGCUUGCGCCUUCAAAGUGGCAGAGUUUCCAUGUGCAGAUCAAUUUCAUUAUUUUUAGAUACACGUUCAUUCCUAGCUGCCAUGAAGCAGGGCCAAGCAAGGUUAUUGCUGGAGAACCUAUUUUUGAGAACCCUUGUUCGUAUGAGGCUGUAGAGAAGGUGCUUGACCAUCUCCUGGAGGAGGCAGAGGUUGGUACGACACGACAUUGGACGGCAGUAGGAUGUGACGGCCUCCCCUACGUUCUCGCCUCGAGGAUCAUCGAGGAGUUGUAUAUUUGCCCAACGUGUCGUAUCCAAUAUGACGAAGACGAGUUCAUUAACCAUAUUGAGACUUCAAAACAUGCGAAUGAUUUAGAGGAAGGAAGGAAAUAUAGGAAUAUUUUAAUGCUAGCAGGACAUGGCCACUUUGAAAUCAAUAUGACCAAGGCGCUUUUCAAACUCCUUUGGGAUGUGUGCUUAUUAAUGGAGCUCGCAAAAAUGCUGGGCUUCAAGAGUCCGAAGGCCCUUGCAGCAUGCCAGGCUGCCCACGAUCACCAUAAAAGCUGGCAAAUUCUGGAAAUAUUCCUUUUUGCUAUGUCUGGCGAGCUCCUUGUGCCCUAUGUUCGCCAGGCAUUGGAAAAAGAAACGCCUUCCGUUGAAGAGUUUUUAGCUAGCAACAAGACCCCUAAUGAAGCUUUGAUGGCGAAGAUCGUUUUUGACCACAGUCUAGCGCUUCAUGUGUUUAGAGCAGGGUGUCCUCCUGCAGUCAACGAAUUUAUCAGAAAAAAUGAGGCAUACACUGUAACUGGUCAUGAGAGCAAAGGCGAAGGAGGGGACUUUGUUCUUGAGAACCUUAACAGAAAAAGUAAAGGCUUCAUGCCCCCUGGCCUGCCAACCGACGAGAAAUGGCUAACCAUAAGCAGAAACAUCGACAAAUUAGACGAGAUCAGACUGAACAUGCAGACAAUUAUGGGGCUGACAGAAAAAGACACAGAAUAUACAUACGCAUACGACAUUACAGAAGAAAUCACAGCAUUCAGACAAAUCAUUAGGGAAAGUAAAUAUUUACAAAAACAAUCGCUCACAACACUUUCAAAUAAGCCUUUAGACAGUGCAUUUUUACAUUUCUCAGAACAUGCACAAGAAAACAAAGACUCGCAUUACACACACAUACAAACACAUCCUCUCUCAUCUAGACUUAAACACACACCUAUCUUUAUUUUUCAAGAACACAGAGAAAAACACACCAACAUCGCAAACAAAACAAAAGCUGAAAUAUCUACACACAUAGAGACACAGUUAGACACAUUGAAUUCACAUACACUUAGCCAGAAAUGGAAAAAAGUGAAAAACUUGAAUUUCUUAAAGAACUCAAUGAAAUUAAGGAAGCUGAAAGCCAGAGCGAGUCAGAUAGCAUUUUUUCGGAACGCAGUAACCCCCAUGCACCAGGCAUGCCUCCAGAAAGAGCAAUCCUUUACUUCACAACCCACCCACAGCUUGCUCUCCGAUAGAGAUUCUCCACAGAUCCGACAGCAAGACUCGUCAGCCGAAUCUCCUCCGAGGGUUGAUUCUGUCGUUUGGGUGCUGACCUCUUUGAAAGUGGGCGAUGAAGCCGAUGUAGGAUGUGCAGAAGAAGUAGAGGGAGAAGAUGGCAAAGUAGGUGAUGCAGGGGCAGAUGAAGAAGCAGAGGGUGACGCACAGGACAUUGAAGUUUCAAUAGUCGGGACCUUGUGUACAUAA